AGUAAUAAUAAUAAUAAUAAUAUUUUUAUUUUGGCGGUUCAAAUGAUUGGUUAAUGGUUAUGGUUACCUAUCUCCUUAUUCAUUUUUGUAUGUUAUUUUGUUUUCCCGGCUGAUCUUUCGUGUUUCGUUCCUACUUCCUAAACAAAUCAUAAUAUUUAUAAUUAUGAAGCUAAGACGUAUUCAGUUAGUCACUACUCACUAGUCAGUGUUCUGUGGUGGAUAGUUGUUAAAUAUUUGUACAUCGGGAUAUAAUUAUUUUGGUUAAGCGACAAUUAUGCGUUGAAAAGAAAUGGCAAAAAUAAAAACAGUUUUAUUGUUACUAUUUCCCCCCUCGCUGAUAAUAUGACGUAUAUAAAUAUAAUCUAUUAUUUGGUCGUACGAGAGUUAUUUAAGGCGGCCGACGUCAGCGCGACUAGUUCAUGCAGAAUAUUCGUUCGACGUUGGCACCGGGCCACCGGCCUUCGUCUGUUGUCCCAAACACCGCAAUUAACGGUCGCUACAAGAACGGUUGACUUCUACGACGUGAACUAUUAUUCAAAGAGCUACUGUUCGACGUGAAAACGUGACUAUGUUCCCGUCUAAGGGAUUGUUUCGGAACGUCUUCUUCCAGCCUUACAAUGACCAGGGUUCAGCGAGAGUGAGGAAUUCUUCUAAGAAUAGUAAGCAUUUUGUACAACGACUUGGCUUGGAAAAAAUUUUGGAAAAUCAUCACGGAUGUAUAAAUUCUGUGAAUUGGAAUGAUUCUGGAUCGUUAUUACUUACGGCUGGAGACGAUAAACAUCUAGUGAUUACUAAUCCGUUUUCAUAUAAUAUUCUUGUUGAUUACAAAACACAACAUAAAACUAAUAUUUUCUGUGCAAAAUUCUUACCUACUUUUGAUAACCGUAUCAUUUCAUGUGCCGCAGAUGGUUCUGUUCUUAAUCUUGAUUUAGAAAGACUAGAAGAAACAGAAUGGAAUUUUUUUACUUGCCAUUGUAGCCAAUGUUAUAAACUAGAAACAAUACCUGAUGAACCUAAUAUAUUUCUAAGUUGUAGUGAAGAUGGUACAGUUCGUCAAUAUGAUCUCAGAACUGGUGUUAAAUGUACUAAACAACGUUGCAAUGACCAUGAAUUGAUUGAUUGCGGUAAACCUGUUUCCACUAUUGCAAUAAACCCAGUUAAACCUUAUCAACUUGCUAUUGCAACAAUAGACAGUAUGGUUAGGAUAGUUGACAGAAGAAAAAUUAUAAAAAAAGGAUUACUUCAAAAAAUUGUUCCUGAAUUUUCCUUUACUGUUCCUCAUCUAAAUCAUCGUGCUUAUCGUAUAACAUCUCUGUCAUAUUCACCUGAUGGCGGAGACAUGCUUGCCAGUUACUCCUAUGAAGAAAUAUAUCUGUUUAGUUUGAAUAAAGAUUCUUGUACGACAGCAGUUGCAAAUGAUUUUUUAGAAAAUGCACCAAUUCCACCACCAUACAGGCGAAUGAGAUUAAGAGGUGACUGGGGUGAUACUGGACCUUUAUCUCGACCAUCUACUGAUAAUCUUACAAGAUCAAGAAUUCAGUCUGAAGUUAUGACUCGAAUGACUGACAUGUUAAUUCAUGUACUUAAUACACCAUCAUUAAAUUCUGUUGUUAUGCAAAAUUGGAGACCAAACUAUUCUCCACCAGUUUCAGCAUCAUUGAGACGUACUAUAAGUACAGUUGAACCACAAGGUGAAUUAAAUGAAUUUGAUGUUCCUAUUGAUAUUGAUAAUAUAGUUAAUUCUAAUACUAGAUCACGUGUAUAUAAUAUUGUACAGUCUACUUCAAAUAGCAAUAACCAAAGAGUUGAAAAUAAUUUAAAAACUAAUAAAAAACAUCCAGUAUUUGAUGAUUUUAUUGCACUUCAAUCAAUAAAAGCACAGUAUAAAGGUCAUAGAAAUGCUAGAACUUUAAUCAAAGAAGCAACAUUCUGGGGCAAUGAUUUUAUUAUGUCAGGUAGUGAUUGCGGACAUGUGUUUAUAUGGGAUCGUUAUACAUGUGAAAUAGUGAUGUUGCUAAUGGCAGAUUCACAUGUGGUUAAUUGUAUUAAACCACACCCAAGUAGGCCUUUACUAGCAACUUCUGGUGUUGAUCAUAAUGUUAAGCUUUGGAGUCCAAUAUCUAUUGAUAAAAUGUUUAAUCAAUCAUUUGCAAAUGAGUUAGUUGAAAGGAAUAAAUUAAUGAUGGAACAAUCAAAAGAUACAGUUACCGUGUCUCCGUCAUUACUAGUGCGAUUGCUUUCUUAUUUCAAUCAACUUAGACGAGAUCAAUGUUUAGACAGGACAAAUGCCAUUCAUAAUGCAGUUUAAUUCAAAUAAUUGAAUAUAUUUUAUGGUAUAUAAACUCAGAUUUUUAUAUAUGACCGAUUGUAUUUAAUAAAGACCAAUCUAACAAGGUAUAUGGUCAAAUUAUUUUAUUAUAUUAAUUUUAACUACUUUUGAUAAAAACUGAAUUCCAUUUUUUGUAAAAGGAAUACUUAAAUUCUAAAUAGUGUAAUAAUUGCUUUUAUGAAAAUUCACUAGUGGCAUUUAAUAACAUCUAAAAAUUC